AUGGUCGAAAGUGCUAAAAGCUAUUUGGAUUUUUAUACGGUCCUUACCGUAACGUCCUUUUUCGUUUUCGAAAAUAAAUUUGUAAUCGUUAAUAUAAUAAGCAAUGUUUUGCUAAAUUGCCAAUUUUUUAAGCAUAAAAGGCUUAAAAGAAUUUGCGGGGCUUUUUUGGUAUUUUGUUCCAGUAGCCCAACGGCUUUUUCCAACGUGCUCGACGUAGCGUUGGGCGUUAUUAUAAGCGGUGCGAAAUCGCAAAUGCCCUUUUUAAAUUUGCUCGAUCCUUUUCGGUAA